AUGCUGAAAUUCGCUGCGACCAAAACCCAGCCGGUCGGGUAUUCGAGAGCUUGUGUCACUCGCCAGACUUCGGAACGUUCAAGGGACGCAAGAGGCCCGAUGGGUCAUUGGGAUCCAGGUCUGUAUAACUGUCCAGGAAGGUGCAUCGAUUGGGGAAGAAUCUCCGGUAAGACGUUUGGCAACGUGAACCACAUGAAAGACGCGAUAUUCGAUAAAUUCACUUGGUUGCCCUGCAGUAAGGAAUGGAAUGACGCAAAUGUCGACCAUCUCAGCAAGGUCUUUCCCAAUCUCUAUCCUGAUACGGCUUCAAGAAAAAGCAAGAUUAAAAUUCAUGGGCGUCCUCAAAAGAAACAGAAAGUGAAGUCUGAAGAUAUUAUCGCCAAGACUAUCGACAUUAUCGACUGCGAUUAUUCGUCCAGACCUUAG